AUGCUAGCCUCCUUCUCCAUCAAGGAUGUGGAACAGGAUCUGACAGCCACCCUCCCCUCCCCCUCUCUGGGUUACGAGGACACAGCCUGGGAAAAUGAGUCAAAAGCAGCUACUGGAGGAGUCGGAAUCAUACUUGGUAGAACUGCUCAAGACCUCCUUAUAAGUGUUGAGCGAAUUUCGGACCGUAUCAUCAAAGUUCAACUAAGGGGAAACCCAGCAGUCACAGUUAUCGUUGCCUAUGCUCCAACAGAAGCAGCUGACGACUGCAGCAAAGAUACUUACUACAGCCAACUGCGACAAACAGUCGAAGGGGUGGCUCCUCAUGACUUCCUAGCAGUGUUAACGGACUCGAACGCCCGACUUGGCCCAGAAGAUGCACAAUUCACCUACAAUUCCUCAACAAACAACAAUGGUCAGCGGCUGCUAGAGAUCCUUGAAGACUACCAGCUCCUUGCAACAAAUACUCUAUUUGAGAAGCGGAAAGGUAAGCUGUGGACAUGGAGGUCGCCUCAGGACACAUACCAUCAGCUUGACUAUAUAAUCGUCAGGGCAAAAUGGAGAAACAGCGUGACUAACUGUGAAGCCUAUAGCUCUUUCAGCUCACUAUACUCUGACCACAGAGCGGUCACGGCAAACAUAUCCCUACGCUUGCGUAAGAGUAAGAUAAAAAACCCCAAGCAGAAUGUCAAGUAUAUCUGGAGUGACCUGGCAGCAGAUGAGGGCCUGCAAGAGCGCUAUGCUGUGGAGGUGAGAAACCGCUACCAGGCUCUACUGCUUGAGGAUGAUGAGGGCCAGACAGAGGACUAUGACAAGUUUAUCUCUGCAAAUGCCUCAGCAGCUGAGGAAUGUCUGAGGAAGGUUCCAAAACAGAAAAAGAGGAUAAAGUGUCUUGACCCAAGAGUCAGUGCAGUAAGAGAAGAAGUUGAGAAGGCGUAUCAGGCAUAUUUGGCUGGGAAUAAGAAGGAAGAACUCAGAGAGAAGUACAAAGAGAAAAAACAGGAGCUCUAUGGCACCUAUGCUGUAAUCGACGAAGAAGAGCUAACUAGCAAAAUAGAAGAGGUUGAGAAAGCACACAAGAACUCACAACAUGGUGCAGCCUGGAAAUUGAUCAACGACAUCUCAGGUCGGAACAGCGCUCAGUCGUCCAAGCUCAAAGCAAACAGCCCAGAGGAGCGUGUAUCACUCUGGUACACACACUUCAGUAAACUCCUUGGAAGUCCACCUGUGAUUAGUGAGGAAGACACACCAAUCAAACCAGUCUUUGACACACUCAAUAUGUCUGAUGAAGUCUUUUCUGAAGCUGAGUUCAUAGCAGCUAAAAUGUCAAUACUAUGCGGGAAAGCAUGUGGGGACGACGGCAUCACUCCUGAGUUCCUUAAGUAUGCCGGUCUAGACGAUGUAGUCCUGGGAUUCAUCAACAAGGCUUUCUCCACUGGCCAGCUACCGGAGCGCUGGAAAACACUCAUCAUUGUUCCAGUUCCGAAAACGGGAGACCUGACAAAACCUGACAGUUACAGGGGCAUCAGUUUGAUAUCUCUGGUCUUAAAGCUCUACAACAGGAUGCUACUUAACCGGCUGAGACCACUUCUAGACCCACUGCUAAGAUCCUCCCAAAAUGGAUUCAGACAAGGAAGAUCGACCGUGGGACAGAUAAUGGCAAUCAGGCGUCUGCUUGAAGGAGUCAACCACAAGAAUCUAAGCUGCAUUAUAACGUUCAUCGACUUCAAAAAGGCAUUCGACUCCAUCCACCGCGGGAAACUAAUGGACAUCCUGCGGGCAUAUGGAGUGCCCGAGAAGCUGGUGACAGCAAUAGCAGCGACGUAUUCACAGACGUGGGCCAAGGUUAGGACCCCAGACGGAGACACCGAACCUUUCCAAAUUCUGGCAGGCGUACUUCAGGGUGACACGUUGGCGCCUUUCCUGUUCAUAGUUGCACUUGACUAUGCACUGAGAUGUGCCAUCGAAGGGAAGGAAGAGCGGUUGGGCUUCACCCUCAAGGAAAGAGCAAGUCGUCGAAUACCAGCUAAAAUAGUGACGGACUUAGACUUCGCAGAUGAUAUCGCGUUGAUAUCCGACACUGCAGAAAAGGCUUGUACUCUUCUUAAUGCAGUCGAGCGUCAAUGUCAAAGGAUUGGCCUACAGUUGAAUACAAAAAAGACUAAGGUCAUGGCUUUCAAUUCAUCAGACAACAAUGUUGCUACUCUUGACGGCACUCGACUAGAGGUAGUACCCGACUUCAAGUACCUCGGUGGCUGGAUUGCCUCAACAGCACACGACAUGAAAGUGAGACGAGCUCUCGCUUGGAACGCCUUACACAGCAUGAGGAGAGUGUGGCAGUCAGGAAUGGCUGACGACCUUAAACGACGCCUCUUUGUCUCUACUGUUGAGUGUGUGCUACUGUAUGGCUCAGAAACCUGGACACUAACAGUACAGGAUGAGAGGGCACUGGAUGGCAUGUACACUAGAAUGCUAAGGAGAGCUCUAAAUGUGUCUUGGGAGGACCGGGCAUAA